AUGCACCCGCACGCGCUGCGACUCGCCCAUCUGCCGGUGGCGCUGUCGCUGGUCGUACUGAUGAUGGCGGGUUGCUCGUCUCUCAAGUGCGACGGCGGCGGUGAUGUCAACUUUGAACUGCUCACCGGGUACGCAGCCAGUCCGGCGGCCAAACACGCGAUGCGCGAGCAGUUGGCCCUGUUCACUUUGCCGCAGUGCAUAGACGCCUGCAAGUUGGACGACCAAUGUGCCGCCAUCACGUACGAGACGGGCGCCUGCGUGUCGUACGCCGCGGUGCCGCAGAAGAACUCCAACGCAGAUUUCCCAUUGAAACGAUCGCAUUACCCAACCCACACUGCAACGGUUGCUCGGAAAAUAUGUGUCCGGACACCGAAGUCGUGUAAUCAACGGUCGUGGAGUUUCGAUACAAUUCACGGGGAACUGAAAGUUACAUCCAAACAACAUUUCAAAGCUAUUUCCCGGUCUGGUUGUAUGGACAAGUGUUUGAACGAGAAGAGCUUCCAAUGCAGGUCCGUCAACUUCAACAAGGAGACGGGUGACUGUUACAUGAACGACGUGGACCGGUUCACCGUGUCCGGGCGCCCACCGAUCAGCAAUCGAUCGGCAGACGUCGUGGACUACAUGGAGUCGAACUGCGUGGUCGAGCAACCAAAAAUGUGUGACUUUGUGGAAGUCGGAGGCAAGCUCCUGAGGACUGUGGACGCCAUCUACGAGAACGUGGUCACCGCAGACCGGUGCAAGGAGAUAUGCCUGGCGUCCAAGGAGUUCCAGUGCCGUUCAUUCGACUACAACGAGACGGGUGUGAACGUGUGCCGCGUCUCUCACCACAGCACGUCCAGCCUGUCACAGCAGCAGCUGGAUCAUCGCCCUUACCUGACGGUAGCCGGCGCCACCACUUACCAGAUGUCGUCGUGCUUCAGCGUGAAGAUCGACUGCCGCGGCGCGGACAUGGUCGCGUCCGUGCAUACUAACCGGCUGUUCGAUGGCAAGGUAUAUGCUAAGAAUCGACCGAGUUCUUGCGUUAAUGACGUGAAGAGCACCCUGGACUUCGACCUCCGGUUGGACUACCACAGCCCAAACUGCGACGUCCGGCAGGAUCAACCAGGAAAGUUUUUCACCGAAAUUAUUAUACAGCACCACGACCAGAUCGUCACGGGCCAGGACAUCGGACUUUCGGUGCGGUGUUCGUAUGACCUUCAGAACCGGAGCGUGGGCCAGGGCAUCGAGUUGGCGAUGGCUCCGGCUACGGAACCCGACGGGGCCGAGUUGGACUCACCCGACAAAAACGGAGGCGGUGGAGGUGGAAUCGGAGGCAAUGGUGUGGAAGAGACGGCGUUCGUAAUUUCACCCACGGUGAUGAUGAGGAUCACAAACAGGGCGGGCGGUGACAUACACGCCGCGCAGGUGGGUGACCCACUUAGUCUCCGGUUCCAUAUACUCGACGACCGUUCGCCGUACGAGAUAUUCGUCCGGGAACUGAUUGCUCUGGACGGUGUGGACACCAGCGAGAUACUGCUCAUCGACGGCGACGGUUGUCCCACGGACCCAGCCAUCAUGGGACCGAUAUCGGCCGUGGAUACGGGGGGCGGAGGCACUGUCAAGAUACUGGAGGCGCCAUUUGACGCUUUCAAGUUCCCCACGUCUGAUAUUGUCCAGUUCAAGGCACUGGUCACGCCCUGUUUGCCAAAGUGCGAGCCCAUCAACUGCAACGUGGUCGGCCACAACGGAGCGGUCCGUCGGGCCGACUCCUUCGGAAGGCGGCGCCGCAGACGUAGCGUUGGCGGUGGCAACCAAACCGACGAAGUGGUAUUCCAGGAGAUCCGCAUAGAGGACAAGUUCAAAUUCGAAGCCCAACGGGGCGAGCCUGGCCACGAGAUCAACUUCUCCGGCAGCAGCGGCACCUCCACCUCCACCAGCACAACAGGCGACCAGAACACCUUAUACUGGAACACGUACGCGUUCGCCCUGAUGCUGGUCGCGUUCGUCGUGCUCCAGCUGUUUGUCAUAUUCGCGUGCUGGCUGUGCGCCACGUACAGCAGGUCGCGGGGCAACCGCGAGGCCGCCUCUAUAUAUGAAUCGGCCGUCAGCGAGUACGCCUCCACCGUCCGGACACCGAUAUCCUGGGACAACAGUUAUUAUAAAUGA